UGGCACGGUUGCCCUCAAGCAAAAUGGCGGCUCCGGCGUCACCGUGCUCCCGCCUAAGGUGGUUGCCAGGAGUUGCGCGGGACCAAGUCAAAUCAAGGGGUGCAGGGGUGUCGUUUUCUCUUCUAGGGGCCAGUUAGGAAGCACUACCUACCCAGACUUUUCCCAGAGACCUAAACAAGGCCUCUCUUUGUAGCAUCUCCUUGCCAGCACUCUGAUCAGCACUGUAUGAAUGCGGCUUUGCUCUCUCGGAGACCUGUUGUCAUGGGACACGCUCCAUUGUGACAGAGACGCUGGGCUUCUGAGCACAGAACUCCUGCAAUCUGGCUGGCUGGGGCAAUCCCAUUGGAACCCCCUUCCCCAUGGCCGAAAGGAGCGUCUGUCGGGCUUUUAGCUCCUCUGUCCACAGUGAAGAUCUCUUGAGCGACAUGGAACUUCUGCCAGCCUCGGCUCCCACAACCCCAGGGCAGCAGGUCCCAGGUUCUCAGUCAGGCACCCCCUAUACCUCCAAGGUGACGGCACAACUCUACGCAUCCCUGCACCAGAGCCGGCAGGCUGAAGCUCAGGCCCGCUCCCACCUGGAGCACCAGCACGGCUUGGGUCUGGCCAGGGAAGCUGAGGCCCCCGAAGUAGAUCUGGACACUCUAGCAGAGGAGCUGAGCCAUAAGCUCUCGGCCAGUGUGGAGGCUAGUGCAUACAGGAAGGGAGCAGCUGCCGAGUCGCGCCACAUCUCUGAGAUGGAAAAUGUGCGCUGCCAUCUACAGAGCAUGCUUCGUGGGUCCAGGGAUGCUGCUCACGGGGAUGCAGUGGCACUGGGAACCUUUGAGCGGAAAGAAGACGACUCCUUUGAGAGCGACAGCACAUCUGCCUUGCUCAAUGCCCGGCCCUUGCAGGAGGUCUCUCCUCCUGGCUCUCUGGCAGGCUUUGAGGAACUGUUUCCUCGCUACACCAGUCUGCGCCUGGGCCAGGCCCAUGAGCAUUCAUCGUACGCCGAUCCCCACCUGCUGAAGGACUCUUUGGACAAGGAACGGGCCCGGCGGAAGCACUGCGAACGGCACAUCCAGACCUUGCAGAACCGCAUCCUGGAAUUGCAGCAGCAGCUGGCUGUUGCCCUCGCAGCGGACAAGAAGAAAGAUAGCAUGAUAGAGCAACUGGAUAAGACUCUGGCCAAAGUGGUGGAGGGUUGGAACCAGCACGAGGCUGAGCGGAUGGCGGCGCUACGGAGGCUGCAAACGGCGAAGGAGGCAGCGGACCAAGCGCUGGGGAGGCAGAAGGAGAAAAUCUCGGAGGUAGAAGGACGCCUCGAACAAGCCUUGGCUGCCCUCAACCGGGAGCAGCAAGCAGCCAGCCAGCAUUGCAAGGAGAAGGAGGUGCUGGAGGAGGAGAAGGCGACUCUGUCGUGCAACUUGGAGGCGGAGCGCCAGCAUGUGCGUGGCCUGGAGGCUGAGUGGGAUCUGGAGCGCCGGCAGCACGAAGGUCUGCGGGCCACACUGGAGGAGCAGCAGAGGGCCUGGGCCCAGCGCGAGAGGCAGCUGGAGGAGCAGCGCCAGGUUCUGCAGGAGGAGAGCCGGGCCCAGCUAGAGAAGGAGAAGGCGGUGGCCCAGCGAGAAGCCCAGAAGGCGGCCGAUGCCCAGCGCAUCCUGGCCUCGGUACAGUCGGAAGUGCAAGGGCUGCAGGGUGAACUGGAGGCUGUGAGCCGAGAGAGGGACAACCUGAAGAUGGAGAUGAGUUUGGUCAAGGCACGUUAUGAGGCACAGAAGGUAAAGCUGGAGUCAGAAUUGAAGGUGGCAUUAGAACAGCGGGUGACGGAGCGCCUGGCAGAGAUUCACGAGGAGAGCUUACGCCAGAUGAGUACCAUGAGGGAGCAGCACAGGAAGCAGCUGAUGGAGCUGAGCAGCCACCACGACAAAGAGCUGGCAAGUCAGCUGGCCCAGUUCAGAUCUGACCAGGCAGAGAGGGAGGAGCGGCAGCGGCACCUCACGGAGGACUAUGAGGGCAGGAUCUCCAGGCAGCAGGAAGAGAUACGGGAACUGCAAGCCAGGCAUCGGCGGCUUGAGGUGCAGCGAGCGGAGAUGAUGAGCCAGUUCCAGGCCAUGAUGCAGGCGCACUGGAACGAAGCCCUGAGCCUCUUUGCCGGUGGCAGCGCCUCCCCACAGCCCUGCCCCAAGGCCCAGCAGCAGAAUGCUCCCUCUGACCCAGACCUCUCCUCCGACCUGGAGUUUCUGCAGCCUUCUGAAUCUCUGAAGACCCAGAAGGUGGAAUCCUUUGGGAGCAACCAGGGUGCAGGAGACUGCGAGGGGCUAGCAUGGAGACAGGCAGUCCCCCUCCAGCCUGUUGCCCAGCGCAGCUCCUCACAGGGGCCUCCAGAAGCCCCCGAAAAGUCCGCGCAGGAUGCUUACCGACACCUCCUCCCCCUGCUUCCCGACGUGGGGCGUCUCUCGGAAUUCAGCCAUGUUUUCAACUAUAGCCUCCUCAGCCAGCAGGGCUUCCAGCAGCUGGAGCCACAGGUGGACAGCACCAUAACAGGUCUGCCUUUCCACUCUGAGAACCUGGCGGAGCACCCAUUCACAGAUGACACAGAUGAGGCCAUCACUGAGGGGGCGGGUAAUGAUGGAGAGACCCUCCAGCAGAGCAGCUUGGAGAGGGGAGUUCAAGUGCCCCAGCCAGACUUAAGUUGCUAUAUGCGUUUGCUUUGGGACCGCUCUGUCAACGAAAGCGCUGCUCAGAAGCAGGAAGAGGUUUCCGUGGACAACCCGCCACACCCCCCAAACCAGACGCAGUUUGGCCCAUCCCUGUCCUAUCAUGAACGGUCCACAGCCCUGUGGGAUCCCACACAGCCGCCUGUCAACACCAUUCACAUCCAGCCACGCAGCCACGCCGCUGUCCACAAAACCAAAGUACCCUUGUCCAAAGCCCAUGAGGGGGGAAUCCUGUCCGCCAAGCAGGUGGCUGAAGUUUCGCGCCUACUGAAACAGUACCAGGCCAAAGGCAGACCUGUACCUUCCCCUGAGGAGCUGUAUAAAUAUUUGCGUGGGAUAGGCCAGAAUGGGACAGAAGCAAAAGGCGAUGGAAGUCUUCAAGCACGCCAGAACCCUGAUCCCAGAUUGCUUGACGCUAUGAGGAAAGAGAUGGGCCCCACACGGCGCAUGGGCAUUUUGGGAUUUGGGCGUGAGAAACCCCAUAUUGCCACCAAAGCUGGGAAGAAACAGUCGGGCGCGCCGGCCUCCAGCACUCGCACCAGCAGAGGCGGCGGCGUGUGGAGAUGAUAAUUUUUCCAGAUGGACUAUUUAUUUCUUACCCCAGUUCUCAUUUCCCCCCUCCCCUGCCUGUUCUGCCUGGGGUUCGGGUUGAGUGUCUGGGAGCCACUGUUGGAUUUAAAGCCCCCCUUCACCUCCAGCUUUACUCUCCAAUCAUUUGGAGUGUAAAACUUUGCCUUUUUAAGAAAGGAGGUAUUGAGAAUGUGCAUGCCUUUUUUUUUUUUUUUUUAAAGCUUGGCUUAAAUCCUGCAGCAUCAAGAGCCUUGAGGUGACGGAAGCUGCAGUCGCUCUUCCCUCAUUCCCAGCAAAAGGUGGUGCCGAGAGGCCCUUUCUGGGCCCAGUUCUCUGAGAAUCUCUUUGCAUCACUCCCUUCUGCUGUGUCCUACUGAACUUGACGGCGGCCGUUCCAGUCAUCGGAGGCAGCCCAGUGAUUCAUGGCAGCCUGUUUGCCUGCUUGGCUUCAAGAGUGGGCACGCAGGAGGUAUUUUUCAAGGGUGCAGAGGGUGAGAUGCCUUCCCUGCCUGAACAAAAUCUUCCAGGCCUCCCCCCCGCCCAAUACUCUGAACCCUGGCAUUCUUCAGUGCUUUGUUCUGGGUGUACUGUUUUAGACACUCCUGGCUUUGCUCUUUUUGCACAGUUAAUUAUUUUUGUAUCAUUGUCAUUAUUGUUUUCUAAAAUAAAUGAAUAUUGAGUUAUUUUUAAG